AUGUACACCUGUACGUUCAUUAAAUGGUUUCAUUACUUAGUGUACGAUCAAUAUGGCGCCUUCAUCCAAGUGUCCAACAUUCCUUUGCCGCCAGAUGGAACCAACUAUACCUCCUAUAAGUACGCAAAGGUUAUGACUAGUCAGUCCACACAGAAUCCUGAACAUAGCUUCACCACCAUAUUGGUGAAUGUUUAUCUAGGACUGGGUGCUGUGAUGCUCCUAACUACAGGAUACCUUAUUUAUAAACGGUAUGGGAGAAACUUGGCCACAUCACUGGGCUUUCAAAUGUUACCAUCAACCUCAGUGGACGUCCCCAUCAAUGUCCUUAUGGUGUAUCCCCCUGAGAAUGAAACUUUCCAGAGGGCUGUGAUAGCCUUGGCAGAAUUCCUGCAGAAGCACGCAGGCUGCAGCGUUGCAAUAGAUGUAUGGCAGCAAAACAAAAUUGCACAUGAUGGUCCCAUGUGCUGGCUGGCUGAACAAGUCAAAAUUGUGAAGCGCGUCCUCAUCGUUUGCCCAAUGUCAAGACAGCCUCCUGCCAUCCCCAACUUCACCCCCACAGGAGGACCAUCCAUACCAGCUGCUGCUCAAGAUCUUUACCCGCUGAUCCUCAACGUAGUGGCAAGCCACGCUAAGAGUUCUCGCGAGCUUGCUAAAUUCUGGGUGGUGCAGCUUGGGGAGCAGCAGAAGAUUUCUAGUAACCUGGCUCCGGAAUUGAGGACCUGCAAGGUUUUCUGUUUACUGAAAGAUCUUAAUAAACUUUGCGGGAGUCUGCACACUCAGGACCAAGUUGGAAAAAGAUUGCCUCUUGUGUUCAGACCAGGAACAAUUAACCAUAGGAAGAGCACAAGAGGAUGA